AUGAAUAUCACGAAACUACAGGACGAAAAUGCAACGAAGCCAAGGUCAAUAAUGAAACAUCAGAGGCACGAGGUCGAGCGGUUUUCACAGCAAGAAGGCGGUCGUUCGCGCAGCCGUGCUCUUGACACACGCAACGAAGACCUCUUUAGCCGCAACGUGUUUGCUCCGAGCCCUAGAGUUACCGAAACGAUCGAGCAGAUAGAGGAAGUGAAGCGAACAGAGGAAAUCGAACGACACGUGAGGAAGAAGAAAGACCGAAGCAGAAAGAAAGGUGAGGGUCAUCAUCACCACCACCAUCACCACCAACACAGUAGCAGCUGGCAGCAGGCCGACUCAGGCCGAAAGGUCAACACCUCGGAAAUCGAAGGGCAACAAACGGCAGUACCAAUUGGAAACGUCUUCCACAACGAUUUGCCGGAAGACUUUGACGAAUCAGCCCCGAUUGUAGAAUUUCCGCCGACCCUACCUCGAGAUGGAAUGGAAAAUGUUAUGCAGAACACGCACAGCUCUCGUUCUGCGAUGGAUGUGGAGGAUCGUCGCAGACGCGAAGGAAACGCAAUUAGAAAGUAA